CUUUGAUUAGUUUGCUCAAUUUCCCUUUCCCUUUCGAUUCUAAAUAUUUUUCCACCUUAUCUUUUCCCUUCUCUUCUUUUUCCUUUAUUCAAAACUGUUAAAACAUGUCACAACCAGACACAUCCAUCAUUUUCCCUUCCUUUCAAACCAAAUCCAAUCUCAAAUCCUCACUCUACACUCUCAUCGAUGGCACCCACGGCGGCCCUCUCUUCUCCGACACCGCACACCUGGCAUGCUCUCCCAGUUGUAUAACCGGAGUUAUUUAUCGUCGCCGUAAUGGCAAUUCUGGUAAUUUUGCAUCUGUCUCAAUGGCAGAGAAGGGAGACCAGAAAACUGUUUCUAUGUCUAUGCCACCUGUCGGAGACGAAGGUGUUGUUGAAUUGUUUGCGCCUACCUCGGCUCAGCUGUUGAAACAUCCUUUGGCUAUGUUGAGUUAUUAUGUUCCGAGAGAUGCUGCUAUUUUCUUGGCCGGCGCUAUUGCUGGCGCCGCGGCUAAAACUGUUACGGCUCCGCUUGACCGUAUCAAGCUGCUUAUGCAGACCCAUGGAGUGAGGAUUGGGCAAGAAAGUGCUAACAAGGCAAUUGGUUUUAUUGAGGCCACAACAUUGAUAGGGAAAGAAGAAGGGUUAAAAGGGUACUGGAAAGGAAACCUUCCUCAGGUGAUUCGGAUUAUACCUUAUAGUGCUGUCCAGCUCUUAGCUUAUGAAACUUACAAGAAACUUUUUUCCGGAAAGGAUGGUAAUCUCUCUGUUAUUGGGAGACUCGCUGCAGGGGCUUGUGCAGGCAUGACAUCCACUUUUGUAACAUACCCUCUGGAUGUUCUUAGAUUGCGGUUAGCAGUUGAGCCAGGGUACCGGACUAUGUCUGAGAUUGCCUUAAACAUGUUACGGGAGGAAGGAGUUGCAUCCUUUUAUUAUGGUCUCGGGCCUUCUCUCAUCAGCAUCGCUCCUUAUAUUGCUGUCAAUUUUUGCAUUUUUGAUUUGGUUAAAAAGUCUUUGCCGGAGAAAUAUCAAAAAACAGCUCAGGCAUCUCUACUAACAGCUGUGGCAUCUGCUGCUGUUGCAACUCUCACAUGUUAUCCUUUGGACACUAUUAGAAGACAAAUGCAAAUGAAGGGAACGCCAUACAAGUCUGUUUUGGAUGCCUUUCCUGGAAUCAUACAACGGGAUGGAGUUAUUGGCCUGUAUAGGGGUUUUGUGCCAAAUGCAUUAAAGAACCUACCAAAUAGCAGCAUUAGGCUUACCACCUUUGACAUGGUGAAACGUCUAAUUGCAACAAGUGAAAGAGAGUUUCAGAAAAUUGUGGAGGAAAACCGCAAGAAACACGGGCAGAAUGCCAAUAUAUAAACAUUCCUGACAUGGUAACAUCAUUAUUUUGGUUUUGGCCAUUGUUUUGCGCCCAAUUUUGUUGGGUGGGCGUUAUUCUGCUAGAUAGUGUAGGAACUAUGCCCUGGUGCCAUCAAUUUUGUACUUGUAUGAUAUAUGAGAAUCUUUAGCAGAAUAUUCGUCCUGUUCCUGGGGCGAUUGAUUUUGUAAAACAAUCAUUUGUUGUAUUAAGUCUAAUUCUUUCUUA